AUCAAUAUUAAAGUUUCAUUAGUUUAUGAACUGUGUUAGAAAUGCUACAAUGCCGUCAUGGAUGUUUUAUUAGUUAUGAUGCUUUUCUUGAAGUUUUUCUUGAUUAACAAUGGAGAUUGCACGAAGGCAGAUGUCGUGUUUGUACUGGAUAUACCAGAAAACAUGGGAUAUUCAAAUUUUUACCUUGGAAUAAACUCGAUCGGGAAAUUCGCGGAUACUAUUUCCGGGAGUAGCAGUGAUGUUCAAAUAGGAGUCUACGUAUAUUCGAGCAAUUUUAUUGCGAUUCCUUUCACGUAUUCAAAGGACGUUGGUAUUAACGAUGCUUUAAACAGUUUAAGUUACCCAGCUGGAAGAUACAGUUCUCAAGAUUCGUUCCGGAAUACCAUAGACUGGAUGUUAACGCUGUCCCAGGGAAAGCGGUUCGAUGCCUCGACUUAUGUUUUUCUUUUAACAAAGAAAGACACUGGUAGAUUCACCAACGAUAUAGCUUGGUUUAUGGACAAGGGUGUUUCGGUGACAUGGGUUGUGGUUGGGUCGUCUGUGGCGAACCCCGGAUCAUACAUAUACCUGCCCGCCAUACAGGAUGCACAGGCCAUUGCACAGGCGCUCACAAACACCGUCCUAGCAGGUCAGAGUUUCUCUGAAGCUGAUGUGGUGUUUCUAGUGGACGGGUCCAACAGUAUGGAGCCCGACGGUUUCCAUGCGUCGAUGAAGUUUUUGUCCACGUUCGCCGACAAGGUUAAAGUCGGACCGUCCAACACACAAGUAGCCCUGAUCGUAUACACUGACUACAUCAUCCGGUGCCUCCUGUUCUCAUGGAAUUUUGACUCGGAGACAUUUAAACAGACGGUGUCAUCUAUAAGCUUGCCAGGCGGCAGUACAGACCAUGUUCGUGCGUUGACCUUAGUGGGCACUACAGUUUUAAAGCUUUCAAAUGCCAAGAGAAUGAAUGCUUAAACUGCCGUUGUUUUUAUAACUGAUGGUGACAAUGCAGAAACGGCGAGUGCGGUAGCCGGAUCUCUGAAAUCCAGUGGCGUUUUCAUCGUAGGAAUUCAGGCAAGGGCGACCGGAAGUGAAAUACUCGCGUGUCUUGUGACGUCACGUGACUAUUACCUUAGCCUGGUUGACGCCGAUGUCGAAGACGUCGUGUGUCAGCUGUUGCAAUUGAUUGGCAUUGAGGCACUCGAUAACGGCG